ACACUAGACUUCAGGGUGAUUCAAAAGCACAACACUCAAAACGCAAUUCAUCAUGUCGCACGUCACUGGAACUCGACAGUCCAAAUCUCAUUCAGGCGCCUCAUCGUCGUCCCAGCGCAGCGGACAGGUGUUUGAGGUCUUGAGCACUCAGGUGGACUUGUUGGUCCCAACUCGUGGCUUUCGCAUUGUGGACGACCAGGACCGAGAGCUCAAGACGAUCUUGGAACAGAUCGAACACCAACACGGUGUCAGGAUCCGCCUCAAAGGACAGCAAGAUCCCAUCCAGAUCUCCGCUGCUUCUCCCCAGAACGCCAGGGCGGCCAUGGGCAGCAUAUUGAAGAGCUUGGUACUCCGCGAAGGUCAUGCGACAGUCUGGCAAGAUUCAGUACUUGUCGCUCCGCUCAGCGGCGACAAAUGUGCCAUACGGAUACUUCUCCAGGAGAGCCCUGGAACCACAUGGUUUCGACCAGCCGCGGCGCCCACCGACUCUACCGAAGUGGCCGAUGCUUUGGCUGUCCAAGCUUACAAGAGCGAUCUUACUGCUGCGAUGAUCCGCGUGGGUGAUGGCUUGCGGUAUUCUCCCAACAGAAUGCGCAUGCGGAUCGCUUUCGGCAAAUUGUUCUUCAAAGAACGCAAGAGGGGUACCACGAGCUAUACGCUCGAUGAGUUCUCGAGAUUGGCUCGCAGGGUGAGCAGUAGAGGAACUUCCUACAUGGAGAUGAGACUGGGUGGUGAAUCAAUGCGCGAAAAGAUCCAACAUGCUUUCUCCCUCGAUCCAGACUUUGGAGACCCCCAAGGCACAGAGAACUUUGUAAUUGUAACAACGAAGAAUAUCAACCUCGAAGUGAGCGUCGAUGGAAACCAAUAUAGUGGUUUUACUUUCGGCUCGCUGAACGUCUUCCAUCGAGAGAAGAGCCACCGUAGCGUCGAACUCGCCACGGCAUGCCCAGACAAGAAUCACGAUUGGGUCAUGAAAGUUGAGUCUCCCAUCGAUGAGACCGGCAAUAAGCUUCCACUGGAUCAGCGUACACUCAGCAAGGGCAUCAAGAUUCGCCCCAGCGCCAACGCUAACGCCAAUUGCAUUGAGCCCUACGUUGCGGCGUCCUUUGCUCAGACCCACCACAUUGAGGCUCUCAUCGGUAAAACGACCUGGUCCUAUUAUCUCAACAAGGACUAUAUUGUAGAGCUUUCCCUGUACCGGCACUGGAGCACUCUCUCAGACACCAAGAGACAACCUCAAGAGCCGGUCACUGGUGUGAGCGUUAGCAUGUAUCGGCCGGAGUGGAACGACAACUUGGCCAACGCUGACGUCUCAGCCGGACCGCGGUCCUGGGAGACGUUCCCCAAACAGUUCUUCAAGUCAUCCAUGUCGCCCGCUGACCCCACUAGGGAUCUUGACCCAGUCGAUGCCUUGUUGCACUGGGUUGGGAAGGUUCAGACGUUGCUGGAUAGGAUUGUGUAGACAGACGUGGGCUAUCGGCAUUCAUAUAGAUUGAAAAGUGUCGUGGUGAGGUGUCAAGAGCCUGAGUAGUAGUCAUAGCUAGAGUAUUUUUCAGCUGAGCUCAAGGCCGCGGAACGGUUCUUGAAAUACAUUGGUGUGUCGUUAAAAUAAUCGUCAACGGGCUCAACACGUGUGCAAGUAGAUAAAGGGCGUUCACCAAGUAGCUGUACCGUAACUUUAGUUCGUUUUUUGCUUCGCUCAAUCACACAAUGACAAGUCAGAUUCUCCACUAUGCCUGUGUCGAUGCAGUUCCAGCUCCUUGUGCCAGCACCUUCUGCCUCAAGA